ACCAACAAUGUAGCUUACAUAGAGCCUUUGAGAUUUGAAAGAAUUCUCGAGAAAUCCAAUCUCAUACUCCAAUCGAAAGAGCAUGAAGCAAAAAAUAAAGGUCCUCUUCUAUACAGUGCUUAUUUAUUAAAAGGUCAAAAACAACAAAAGAAAUUCCACCAAGCAGAUAUUUGACGCCCGUCCUGUGUAUGAAAAAGAACAAGGCGGUCUCUCGCGCAGAUGAAAACAAUGAAUGACAUUUGGCUUUAGAUAUCAAGUUCUCAACGUACCCAGUGCUGGACAACUAUAAGUACACGUAUAUCGGUAAAAACAGCAUCUCAGUUGAACUCCGCGCUUCAAUAGACUACAGUGAAAUGAAGGGUACUGGAUUCAUUCUUAUCGCUACAUUAUCCUCCGUCGUAGUCCUCUCUCAAGGACAGGAGCUUGGGAAGUCCGAAUAUAUACCUAAAAAGGGAGGCAUCCAGGAAUCCUUCGUGAAGUGGCACAAUGUUUAUCGAAAAAAGCACGGGACUCCAGAACUCCAGUAUCAUAGUAGAUUAGGCGCCAUGGCAAAAGAGUGGGCCCAUCACAUUGCCAAUAACGACCUCAUUCAACACAGGCCUCAAACUGGGAGCAUGAGGUAUGGUGAAAACAUUUACUGGGACACCUACCUGCGUGGACAGCUCAAAAUAAGCCCGAAGGACGUGGUCACGUACUGGUACGAUGAAAUCAGUAUGUACGACUACAGUAAACCCCACUAUGAUUACCGUACGGCUCAUUUUACGCAAAUUGUUUGGAACGAAACUCAAUACGUAGGGUGCGGAUGGGCUCACGAUCUCGAAAUAAAAGGCCUGUUCGUCGUUUGUAACUACUGGAAGCAAGGAAAUAUGCAAGGGGAAUUUAGGGCGAACGUUUUUCGAAAAAUGUACUAAUUUCUGCUACACAAUCCACAAAAUACCAACCAUUCAUGUAGUGCAAUAAAGGCAUCGAGCCAUGCUUUGAUUGUGUACUCUCUUAUUUACACUGUAUCUAUCCUUCCGGGAACAUCUGCAUUAACGGUUGUAUUUUUUUUUUAUUUCGAGUGCGUUGAGGGAAAACCAAAGAAAACUCUGACCAACACCCAACAUACGCUUAUCAAUACCCAGAGCACUCUACUUGAAUAAGCCUAUUUAU